GUUAUUCCAAUGUAAUCUAAAAAGAAAUCAAUGUUGACCAUACUGCGAAGGACAAUUUUGGCAAGGCAGUCCGAUCGCAUAAUAUUGAUCGCAAGUUUCAUCGCGUGUAGUAUCUUUCUUGCUUUGUUCUCUAUGUGUUUUGUGUUUAGUCUUCCGGCGUAGAGUGGGAUGUCAUGGCCGGCGAAUUUAUUUGGUGUUUGAAGUAUCGCGUUAUAUUUGUAAUCGGUUUUUUCGGGUGCCCGUAUGUGCCAACUUGAAAUGUUUGUGCAUACUAUGCAGGUCAGAAAUAUUGUGGACAGAAGAAUUGGGCGACUUGUCUAGCGAGUGCACUUUUUCGCUACCACAGAUCGUAAAGUGAAUUUCGGAUAAAGUGCUAAAAGCAGCUAAGCUCUUCAGUCAGUUGAAGUUUCAUUAGUCCCUGGGGCCAAGAUUUGAGGAGUUCAUCAAAUGGUUGUAACUACAAGAUAAUUGCUUUUUCAACUGAAUUGAGGAAAUGUAAAUUGUUGUCAAUGUGGCUGGAGCACUGGCAAUUACUGUUUCUCGAGGUAGAUCUGUUCAAGAAAAAGUUACUCAAGUUAAUUUUGUAAUGGAAGUAACAGAGUGAAUAAUGUGGUAAUCUUUUGACAGUGCACAAUGGCUAACUGCAGUUUCUUAAUAAAUGGUUACAUGAACAUGAACAUUGCUUAAUUCGAAUGUGUGACAAGAUAUUAUUUGGGUACAUGCCUGAAGAAGAAUGUAAUCUGAUGACUGCCAUUACCUGCAUUGAUGAAGCUCAUGCACCUGUCGUCUGCAGAAUGGUGGAAUUUUUUUCACAAAAAUAACUGGUGGUGGAAUAUUGAUGUACCAUGAUCCAAAGGAACUUCUAAGUAAUUCCUAAUAUUGAUACGGAGCAAUGAAGGCAGUCAUACCAAGUAUGAAGCAGAGACAACAUAGUAUGAUGAAAUAAGUGGUUUUUGUUCAGAAAGCUGUAUAAUUUGAAGACUAUCUGUAUUUGCUAAUUGCAUUAAUUACCGAAAGCACAAACUGCUCUGUAGCCCUGCAUUCAUGAUGAUGGCGGAUGAGAGCACCGGUCGCGGCACAGUGUACUUUGAGGUACACGUUGCUAUCAAUUUUGUCACAUCUUUCAUGAACAAGGUUGUCCCACAAGGCCGAGUAAAAAUUUUUGGUGAGGCUCUUGCAAGGGCAUUAAUGAGCAAAUAUGAAGGGCAUUGGUUCCCAGAGAGUCCUCUAAAGGGCUCAGCAUAUCGUUGUUUUGAAUUUGGGGCCUAUAUUGAGCCUGAGCUGAAAUUUGCUGCUAGGCAGGCAGGACUACGUUGUCGAGAUGUAUUGAUAUGUGUUCCCUCAGAAAUGUCAAUUUGGGUGGAUCCAGGGACAGUAAGCUACCGUAUAGGUAUUGAGGGCCCUGUGAAACCUGUGCUCAAUGAAUCUGGAUGUGUUGUUACAUGUUUCUUUGAUCCUGAUGUGGAAGAUCCUGAACCUGACCCACCUGGUAACUCAAAAGCUGUAAGCUCUUGUGAGGAAACAGAAACUGUGGAAAAGAGCAGACCACGAAAAUUUACUCCAAAGCGUGGAAAGGCCAAGCUGUCAGUAGCAUAUGAAGAUGACUUAAAAUUUGUUGCUAAGAAUGGCGGUCUUGACUCAGCGACAGACUAUGAUGACCUUGAGCCCCUUGAGCCAUAUUUCACCGCUGAAGACAUGAAGUCUGGAAUUUUAUGUGAAGAUGAAGAACUUACCAGUAAUCAGUUGAAAUCUUCUGAUGAACCUGCUUACGGCAACAGUCGUCGCAGACGUUCUAGGAGGUCAAAAAAAAAAUCACCAAAUAAACCCGGUAACAGUAAUGGGAAUAGAGGCCGAAAUAGUGGUAAGAGGAGACAGAGCAAUGACAGUAAUAAUAAUAGUAAAAUCUGCAGUAAUAAUUAUCAAAACAGCAGUGGUUCGGCCAGUGGCAGUGGUAGCAGCAGUGGUGCAAGCAGCAGUGGUACGAGCAUUGGUGGCAGUACUACCAGCACCAGCGCUAGCAGCAGUGGCACCAGCACAAGUGGCACCAGCUGCAGCAGCAGCAGCAGCAGCAGCAGUAGCAGUGGCGGUAGCAGCAGUGGCAGUGGCAGUGGCAGCAGUGGCGGUGCCAGCAGCAGCAGUAGCAGCAGCAUCACCAGCAGCAGUAGCAGCAGCAUCACCAGCAGCAGCAGCCUCACCAGCAGUAGCAGCAGCAGCUGUGGUGCCAACAGUGGCAGCAACGUAAAUAGGAGUACUGCCGUGAGCAGUGGAAGAAACAACAGGGGCAGAAACAGCAGGGGCGGAAGCAGUAACAGCAAUGGUAACAACAAUCCAAAUAACACUAACACCAGCUCCAACAGCAGUCGCAGCAGUAACCAUCACCGCAAUAGGAAUGUUUUGCAGCACCAGUCCAUUGUCAUCAGCAACUCGUCUUAUUCGUCAAGAGUUUGAGGCAGUUGUACUUCUUUAUCAAAAUUAUCAGUAUUUCUAUUGGAUAUCUUCCAGUCAGUCACACUCACGGUCAGAAAACUGUAAUCUACAAAGAUUGAAACUGAGGAAUGGUCUCGUGUAAUAUCAGUGACUACAGCCACUUUAUCUGCACACAUGAUUUUACAAAGGAUUUCAGGACUGCGAUCAGGUAAAUUUCAUGAAAUACCUGUUUUGCAACUGAAGAAACACAAAUAAUACCAACUGCUGAAAUAUAGUGACAGUCUAUUCGGCCCAGCCUGCUGAAAUUUCAAGAGCCAUUCCUGUGGCUACAGACCUGCUGAAACAAAAAUGUUUAUCGAGAUCUGAGCAUUCGCUACAAAAGUAACACAUGAUACGUAUUAAUCCUGAACUAGUUUUUCAAAUAAAUGUGCUGACUGUUGAAAUACAUUUGCUGUAAUUAUUAGCAAUGUUUAAACAGCACAGUACAGAUUUUUUCCAUUGGUUCCAUUGUUUGGGGGGACUCUCCAGAGGACUUGCCGCAACUGAUGAAAGUUGGUGAUAGUUGUGGCUUGUUGAACUGUUACAGAAUCUUUUGGAUUUUAAUCCACUACAUCCACUGUAUCAUACUACAGUGCAUAAUCACAGUUUUGUUUAAUUUUACUGUUACAGUGAUACUCAUUGUUCCAAAGUGUCAGGGAUUAAUUUCCUUGGCUAGUACCUCAUGCUAGAAGUUCAUAUUUGCAGUGCACCUGCCCUGUGAAUGCAACUCAAGCAGCCUUUUCCUUGACAUGUCUCUUUACUGUGCUCAUUCCUUUUGCACAUUUUUUGCAUUGCCUAAUCCUGGGACAAUUCAGCUUUUUUUAACCUUUGAACUUGAGUUUUUCCCUUAUAUAUAUGCUGCUGUUCACAUCAAAACAAGUAGCGGUUAUGUAACCAUAAACAGAAUAUGUCAAUCUAAAAUUGGAAGAUAACUUAUAUAUUGAAAGAAAAAUUACAUGGAGACAAUGGUUGGCCAGUGCUUACCUUCAAAAGACGAAAAUUUCAAAUACUUAUUGGGAGUCUGAGUGGCCUGACCCUUCUGUUCAACACCAAGCAAAAGGACACAGUGAUAAGAAACUGAUACCACAUUCAGGAGGACAGUGGUUCAAAUCUCUGUUUAGCUGUCCUGAUUUAAGAUUUCUUUGGUGCCCCUAAACUGCUUAAGGUAAGUGUUUGGAUGGCUCCUUUGGAAAUGACGUGUCUGAUUCCCUCCCUAACAUUUCCGAAUCUGAGCUUAUGCUCCAUCUCUAAUGACCUUUCCAUGGAUCGGAAGUUAAACCACCUAAUCUUCCUUCUUCUUUUCCAACCUUUCCCAAACUAUCCCUCUGUCAUACCUGAGGAAGGAACUACAGGUUCCAAAAGCUGGGUAUAAUUUUUCCUACUUUUAAGUGGUGUGUGUGGGAAUUUUGCUUCCUGAAGGUAAGUACCGGCAAUCCAUCUCAGCUCCUUACAAGCUAACCUAUGAGACAUCAUUCAUCUGUGUUUUAUUUCUAGAAAGUUUUCUUCAUAAUUAUUCUGUGACCUGGCUGAUUUUCAACAUUAAUGGGGGCUGUAAAUACAGACUUUAAUACAAACAUUCAUGCAUAUCACUGAACAAGAAAUAAGUAAUGCAUUGUUUGUUCAUGUCAGAAAAAAUUCAUUAUAUAGAAAGCAGUGAAAAAUAUUGUUACUAUAGAGUGAUUGUAUCUUCAGUUUUCAAAUAUUUGGAGUGCCAUACUUUUAGGUCUGGCAGUAAUUGCAUUUUUAUAACAUUUAGUUAUUUAUGAAUAAAAAUUUCAGAGAAUCUUAGUUUGUUAUUACAUAUUGUCCCAUGAUACUGAGAUAACAAGAGUAUUGCUUUUGUUGUUCAGUGGUCAUUGAAAAAAUUUAAUUCUCCACUCCUACCUAGCUCAGGAUCAGAUUGAUGAUGAAAAAUUGAUACUGCUUUUAAGACAUUUUAAAAGUAUGUUAUAAAAUGAGUUACUAUAGGUCAUCUUAUGCACAGAAGACAAGAAUACUUGAAAGAGAAUUCAUAAGCAAUACCAGAACAUUGCUCUGUUUUUGAUUCUCUUUCAGGUUUAAUCAGACUUGCUUGUAGUCAGUCAUGUUAAACAUGUCCCCAAAUGUUCUCUACAUUUACUAUUUUGUUAAUUCAAGCAGUUCUUAAAAAUUUGUUCUUCUUUGGGUAGAAAGGUAUAAGUAUAAUUCCCACAAUUUCAAAAGAUGCACUUACAUCCUUCUGCCUGAUCAUUAUUUAUAUUUUUGCAUGUUAACCCCAAAUCAAAAAAAUAUUUCCGGGUUAAAGUAUUCAAAAUAGGUUUAUAUGUUUUGGUGAGCUAAAGUCACCACUAUUGCUUGCAAGAGUGUCAUAGAUCACAUUUUUCCAUAUUUCUAGACUUUUACCUUUCUGCCUUGAGAAAAGCAAAUUACUGUAGGCUGCUGGAGGGGCUAUUAUGGUUACCUUACUUUAUACAUGCCUCUUCUGUUUAGUUUCCUACUUUUUUGUGAAGCAGUCAGUAAUAGAUGAUUUAAGCGCACAAGCAUUUUUCUCUGUUUGAUCCUGCACCCCCGCCUCUCCCUCCCUCCUAGGUGCUUCUGUUUUGUUCCUGUGUAUUUAUUUCCUUCAGUAUUUAUUUUUAAAGAAUCCCAAGAAUAUUGCAUUAUAAUGUCUUCUGGGAAGCAGAGUUUUUUCAAAUACAGGUUUAAGCUCUGAAUUUAAUGUCUUAAAUUUUUUUGAAAAACUAAUAGGAUUUUUGGAUUGACAUUCAAUAUUGUAAAAGUUGUAUAAUUUUUGGCUGCUUAUUAAAUGUGUAUUCUUCCAAUUUUGUUAUCAGCAGUUGAUACAUCAGAUAAUUUGUAGCACAAAAUGUAACAUGCACUUCACACAAUUUGACACAGACUUGAAAGCCAUACAUUUGUAUAUCAUUAAAGUUAUUUUACUACAAAUAUAAGAAUUCUUUUGGAUAUAUUAUGGAAAACAUCUAAAUAUCCUAGAAUAGGCUACAUCGCAAAAUCAGUACCAGCUAAUUCGAAUGGUUUCUAAUAAUUUUGAUACAAUUUCCUAAUCUUUCUUUCCACUUGACACAUCCUGUACUUCAUAAUCGUUUCUCUUAUUCCAUUCUGUACCUUUUUUUCCGAUCUUGCACUGAUAGUGUGCCAAUUUUUAACACUUUCAAACUCAAGUUUUCGCAACUGUUACUUCCUGGCAUCUCUUUUCUAAGAAGUCUUCUGAAUCCAAGAAUGUAUAUGCUAGUGGCACUCUCAGGUGUUGUGUCAGUAUGUGUCACUGAAACUUUGCCAUUUUUGUUGGGAAACCUGAAUGUGAUCUUGAGGUAAUGAUAUGAGUGGAAAAAGUGUGUUAAUUGACAUAGUGAAAUAUGAUUGUGCAUGUGCCAAGCAAUGACUUGUGGCUGCGGCACUCUGAGAACAAAACAUUAUUGACUGGAAAUGAAAAUUAAACCAUCUGCUGAAACUGGAAGGGUGCUGAGCAGAAGUUUCAUCAGAUGUUGAAGAGUCUAGUGAUGACAUCCAACACAAUGCUUGAGGGCCUGAGCAAAAUUUAUAAUGCUCAGAAAGUCUUAAAGACCAUGUGAGGUAUGUAUUGGGACAGGAGAAAAAUGAAGCAAAAAUGACUUGUGUACUGCUUACUUUCUAGCAAUAAGCCAGAUUUUCUCCGUCAAAUGUUCUGCAUUUGUGGCAGAAUUGUGAAAGAGCGUCAUUUGAAGCCUGUUCUACAGUAUUCACUAUUUCCUUUGGUUGCAUCAGUAGACAUUCAUUUUUGUUAAAGGUGAUGACUUAAUUACUUUCCUCAUAUCUGACAGCUUCAUAGAAAAUGAAAAAGAUACUAUUAUCGAAAAAAAUUGCACUGUGUUGUAUCUUUACCUUUUUUUUUCAUUUAAAAGAAUUUAUGUAUCUGAAGUAGUCUUUUGUUAAUCAGUACUCUCAUUAGUUGACCAAAAUGUUCAUCUGUUCAGCCUUGCACUAUAUAAAUUGAAGAAUUUUUUUUGAAUCCAUACUGCAUCCACACCUAUAACGCUUCAGUGUGAACUACCAUAUCUCACUGUAAGUCAUGCUGUAAGCUCAUAUUCCAAUGAACUAUUGUUAUCCGUGAAUGUGUAUUCCAUCUCAUUUAUUUGUCUCACAUGUUGCUUCAUUUUGUAAAUCCGAUAAGUACCUUAGUCAUUAAACCUUAAAAAACAUUUUAACACUAUACAAUGGUUUCUGCACACAAUUCAAAUGUUAAUGGCCAUACAAAAAAUAAAUUUUGUUUAAAUGUAUACUGUCUCAUGAUUGUGCCAGUUUCUGCUAUCAAAUUAUUGUGGAAAGCCAUAUUGAAGUGAACUAAAGUUGUCCAUGCUACACAUUUCAUCAACUAAUUGGAUAAGAUCAGGUCACAUAGUUUUGGCUAAUGGCAAACUAGUUGAUUUUUGCUUACUGAUCUCAUAUUGUCCUUGGUUUCCUGAAAAUCCAACUUCUGUAAUUUUUGUCCUGUUCUCCCUCUAGCAUCCACUUCUCCAUAGUGUAGGAUUUCUGCACACCAUUGUUAAUCCAAGGAACAAAGAAUUCUUUGAUGUUUGUCCUGUGUGAUUCUAUAACUCUUUUGCCUAACAUGAAUGUGGUAUUCUUAAAUUUCUGUAUGGAUCCCAUACAUUUUUCUUUGUGAUUAAAGAUGGUAUUUGACAUAGGUUGGUGAACAGUAAUUUUUUUUUAAAAGAAGAUUGUGAUGAUAUAAGACAAACUACUAUUCAGACACUUUCUUAACUACUAUUCAGACACUUUCUUGUACACAAACUAGCUUAGCUGUGAAUGAACCUGAAUGGUUAGGCUUAAUAAAGACAUCUCAACUGGGAAUCAUUUCUCUCUUUAUGAAUGAUGAUAUUACUAUUAUUUUGAUGAUGUCUUCAUUUUUCAUGUCAGCAAUAGUUAAAAGUUAUUUCAUUUCUUAUGUUCAUAUUUUUUGUUUCUUUUAAAAAGGGUGAUGUUGAUUAAAGGCAGCAACAGAUGAGUGAAGGAUGAUUUUAGAACACUGGAUUUGACCUGUUCACUAUAUGUGCAUUGUCAGUAUUGCAGCUGUGUGUAUGGGACACCAAACAACCUACAGCAAGUAGUGUCUUGUCCCACACAGCCACCUUUCACAGCUAGAGCAAGUUGCUUUGUGUGUCCUCAAGUCAGUGGAACAAAUAUUAAAAUGAACAUAAUGUGUCCCUUGUGACCUAUACAUGACAUAAUCACGUAAUGGGAAAUCAAAUGAUGCAUGUGCGGUGUGCAACCUGACACCUUGUAAGUCAGUUGCAGUGGGAGUAUCAUUGUCAGUGCCAUUGACAUGCAUAACUUUGUUUGUAGAAGUACAUCCAGUACACCAUACAGUGCAACUGUGAACAUUGUUUGCUAGUUUACAUGUGAUUAAAAUGAUAUAUAAAAAUUGUGUGUAUUGAGACUGAUACCAUUAAAUGUUUCCCAUAAGUGUUAUGUAGCUAAAUUAUUUUUUCCAGUACCUGAAACUGUGUUGUAUUCAACAGUUCAUUUUAUUUCAUACAUCCAGUUUUUUUUUAGUUCUGAGGGCAACAGCUUAGUUGGUUCUAAGCAAUUAUAAAUUCUUUUACAUUAAGAAGAGCCCAUUCAUUUUCUUUUGAAUAUACAGCAAAAGUAUUUUUUUAAAAGUAUACUUUGAGCUGUAUAUGUUGUUGUUACAUUUGUGAAUACACGUGUUUAGCUUUGUGGCAAAUGUAUGAUGUUUAUUCGGAACUACUGCUAAUAAAUAUUUAAUGCAUGUAGAUAAAUAUGUUUUCGCAGUUGUUGUGGCUAAACGUACAACAGUUUCAAUGAAUCAGUGGGUCUGUACUCAGAAACUUCUAUGUUAUCAGUUACCAUUCCAUAUCCUCUAAAAUGUUGAAAUUUGUGUCUUUUACUGUAUUGAUGUUCAUUGAUGUGUCUCUUACAUGUAAUUGGUGUUAGUUCCAUACUAUGCUAUGCAGAAUGUUGAUGAUUGUUAACACAAAAGUCAUUGGCAGCACAGAUUCUGUGAGAAUUAACAGUUUAUAGUUAUAACUACCACUAAGAGUUUGACAUAGCUUUUUUUUUUCAAUGAUCUUGUGCUGUCUGUCUUUUGUUGAAGAACAGAACUUGAUGGCAGACUGUGGAAUUAUUCCGAUUUGCUUGUGAUGGAGUACUGUCUAUUUCUGCUGUUAAAAGGAAGUGAAAUAUACAGACUUUUCUGAAA